CUCACCCACGUUGUUUUUCUCAAUGCAAGUGUUUUGUUUGAAGUGUAUUUUCUAUAGAUUUAGCAAUGCUACCUAUAAUGUAUUUAUCGGAUUUUGCUUGAGGGCAAUAAAGUUAUUAGGUGAUACGAUUGGUGAAAAAACUUUACAUACUAUACACCAUUGUGAUGUUUGAUGCUCGCAAACUGGUGUUCCCCGGUGUUUGAAAAUUUCCGAUGAAUAGCCUAUUAGCUAUAGUUGACCCAUGUUACAUUUUGUACAGUGAAAUUUAUCAGUUUUUGAUUGCAUCAUCCCAAAAAUAUUCUUAAUUUUCUAAUAAAAAGUAAAUGUGUAACAAUGAAUCCGAUUAGUUAUCUUCAAGAAUACUGUCAAAAAAAUAAUCACUCAAUGCCAAUGUAUGAUGUUACUGAUCAUAAAAUACUUCCAAAUACAAAUAGUUUCACAAUUAAAGUAACUGUAGGAUCAUUAAAAGCAGAAGGAACUGCACCGAAUAAAAAAGGAGCUAAAGUUAAAGCCGCUGAAAAUAUGAUAUCCUUGAUGAAUUCAAAAAAAGAUCUCAAUUUUACAACUGCAAGCAAUUCAAACUCUCCUUAUUGUUCUCCGGAAAAAAUUGAUUUUGGCCAUGGAGUAAAUCGUCCAAAUACCUCUCUAAGCUCAGAUAGUUUAAAUAAUUCAUUACUAAUGGCUGAUGGUAAUUAUGUUGGAAAACUUCAGGAGUUUUGUGUGCAGCGUAAAUUAAAAACACCUAUUUACGACUGGGAUCUAAGCUAUAUCGGCGGUGGUCAUAAAUUAAUUUGCAAAUUAGAAAAUCUAUCAGAAGAAGCGGUUGGACCGAAUAAAAAAAUAGCGAAACAAGCUUGUGCUGAAAAAAUGUGGCAUCGUUUGAUGGAAGUAGAAGAAAAUUCGAAAGGUAUAAAACAAGAGUCAAAUAGAACAAAUAAAAAUAUAGAUUCAUUGUGUUUUUCAUUGGACACAUUGAAAAUUGAGAAUACUUUUGAUCUUCAAUUAUCAAUCGAUAAAGCGAAAUUAGUUUGUUCACGACAGCAAACAGGGAUGAGUAGUGAACCAAAAGAAAUAUUUAUUGAAGAUUACCACUCACACUUAAAAAAUACAUUACCUUUUGAUUCUUUACAAAAAGUAAGUGAUUAUUUAAAUAGAUUUACAUUCAAUUUCAGUCAAGGCUUAAAAUUAUUAGAGAAUAAUUUAAAAGAAAUUUGUUCAUUGCUUGGAGUGGAUUAUACAGAAACUAGUUUGCAAUCCGAUGUACGUAAUACAUUUUUUGUUGCAUGUACAAUAAAUACGUUUCCUACUCUUACAGCAAUUGGAGACGGUGAUUCUUACGAAGUUGCCAAAAUAAGUGCUAUAAUUUAUUCCAUUAAUAUUAUUCGUGAUAUAUUACAAUAAGUUCUUUUCAGAAUAUACAGUUAUUGUUUAAUAAUAAUUAUAUUAUUUUGUAUCAUAAUAUUUUGAAUUAUUGUGUUAUAAAUCCUUGAUUUUAUGAAUA